AAGUGGUAAGUGACUGCCCCCUUCUCCGAGACUUCCGUGGCGCAAUGAAGCAAAAGAAGGCCAACUCGCGAAAAAGCCCACAUUGCUUGCCGCCAUCGUCAAUCCUCGUCCUCAUCGUCGCAAAUACCCCCCGGUCGUCGAAACUGUCGUCGUCGUUGUUGCCCAAACUGUCUCCUUCAGCUCACGCUCCUAUCAGCGCAGCAGUUCGUAGGACUCUCCUCGUCCGCAACCAACUUCUGCAGCCUUCUCUUGCCGCCCCCCAGCGUCGCACAUUCUCAGCAAAAGCAAACAGCAACAUGACUGGAUACAAGCCCAGAGUUAUCGGUGCCCCUAACACCCGGGAGCACAGGGUCUUCAUUGAGGACGCCGCUGGAAAGGUUGUCUCUCCUUUCCACGACAUUCCUCUUUUCGCGAAUGAGGAAAAGACCAUCUUGAACAUGGUUGUUGAAAUCCCCCGCUGGACCAACGCUAAGCUCGAGAUCUCGAAGGACGAGCCUUUCAACCCCAUUAAGCAGGAUAUCAAGAAGGGCAAGCUCCGUUACGUCCGCAACUGCUUCCCCCACCACGGUUACAUCUGGAACUACGGUGCUUUCCCACAAACAUGGGAAGACCCCAACGCCGUCCACCCCGACACCAAGGCUAAGGGAGACAACGACCCGCUCGACGUUUGCGAGAUCGGUGAGACUGUCGGCUACACCGGACAGAUCAAGCAGGUCAAGAUCCUCGGAACCAUGGCCCUGAUUGACGAAGGCGAAACCGACUGGAAGAUCAUCGCCAUCGACAUCAACGACCCCUUGGCUCACAAGCUCAACGACAUGGAGGACGUUGAGACCCACCUCCCUGGUCUGAUGCGUGCGACAAACGAGUGGUUCAGGAUCUACAAGAUCCCCGACGACAAGCCCGAGAACAACUUUGCGUUCUCUGGUGAGGCCAAGAACAAGAAGUACGCCACGGAGGUCGUGCACGAGUGCUACGAGGCGUGGCACCGUUUGAUCAAGAAGGAGAUCCCCAACAAGGGAGAGGGUUACGAUAUCACAACCGUGAACACCAACGUCGCGGAGAGCCCCUACAAGGUCGGAACAGAUUCCGCCGAGCUCAAGGCCAUCCCCGCUGCUGCCCCGCAACCCCCUGCGCCUAUCGACGCCUCCAUCGACAAAUGGUUCUACCUCUCCACCUACCAGCCCAAGGCGUAAGGUUCAGAACCUUCCUGUGGGCUGCAGUAUAGCAGGGCUCCUGUAGGAUUAGCUCCCGUAGCGGCUCGCUUUACUCUAUCUUGUAUAUGGUAAUAGAUCAAGUGACAAUAAGUACCAGUUCUGGAUUGGACAUUGCGGAGGAUGCAUUGGAAGGUCAUGGACAGUCGUCUUCAUUCAUAGAUUGGGUCAUGUGACAUCAGAGACUCUCGGAAUAUAAAAGGAACUCUGCU